GCGGUCCUGGGGCUAUACUCGUCUUGACAGCCAUUACAACGAGAGAAUCGUCAAAAUAAACAUUUAAUAUCAAAUCAUAGAGAAACAUUUUUCACUAAACAAGAGCGACCCCCACCCCUCAAGAAAGCAAGGUCAAAGUUCACAGGAAGCUGGGGGGCUGCCAUUUUUCCCUGCUACUGCUAACGUUAACGUUAGAUGCUAAAACGACGGGGAGGGGCGGUUGGUUUUGGAUAUUGUAGCUAGCUGGUAUCAACUGAUCGAAUUCGUUAAACAAAAUCCGUCAUUUCUCCGACCGUUGUCGCUAACAACCAUUGUUAUUGGAUGAAUUCGGCAUGGAGAAGGUAGCGGAGCCGUCUUGGACUUCUUCGUACACCUAUCAGGUGAGCAAGCACAGUGCGGAGAUGCUACACAACCUCAACAUUCAGAGGAAAGAUGGAGGAAGGUUCUGCGAUGUGAUCCUACGCGUCGGCGAGGAGAGCUUCCCUGCACACAAAGCUGUGUUAGCCGCGUGCAGCGAGUAUUUCGAGUCGGUCUUCAGCCGCCAGACGGAGGGCGACGCCAAGGAGCUGGAGAUGCACACUAUCAGCCCAAAAGUUUUUAAAGACGUUUUGGACUUCGCCUACACCUCUAGGAUUGUGGUGCGAUUGGAGUGCUUUCCGGAGUUGAUGACAGCUGCCAAGUUUCUGCUGAUGCGGUCAGUUAUUGAGAUAUGUCAGGAGGUAAUCAAACAGUCAAACGUACAAAUCCUCGUCCCGACCUCACGGGGAGGAGAAGCCAGCCUUUUCCAGGCCACAGGGGCCACGGAGCUGGGUUUCCCGGUGGCGCAGCAGGAUCUGGUAAACGGAAUGACAAUGCUGGUGAACGGUCAAAGCUUUGCUAACAAUGCACAAAUGCAUGUGGAUGGCAGUGAAGCCACUGCCGUCGUGUUAUUGGAGGACGGCGGCGAGUCGUCGAUGCCAAUGUUGGAGCCUGUCGAAGGACUGUCCGUUUCCCCAUCAACGGAAAUACCGGGAAACACGUUUCAGCACGACGCUGGCUCCCCGGGAUCGAAAAGGAACAAGGGGAGACCAAAGAAAGCUGUCGGGGUCGUGGAGGCUGUACACUUUAAUCACAGCACCCAGAAAGACAAUGGGCUGUUUCCGUGCGGGACUUGCGGUAAAGCAUUUACAGAGGCUUCCCGGUUGAAGAACCACGAAGCGCAACACGGAGCCCACACCGGCGGUAUAAACAACGUCGGUGACAGCCUGUCAACGGCGGGCGGCAUUUCUUUAAUGUCUCAGCCGGGUUUAGUGGAAAACGGCGUGCAGUUACACGGAGGGCUGACACUGGAUAACGGCCGCAAACGGGAGAGGACCAGGCGGCAUGUCGGCUGUGACAUUUGCGGCAAAGUUUUUCGCGACGUUUACCACCUGAACCGACACAAGCUCUCCCAUUCAGGGGAGAAGCCGUACGCUUGUCAUGUGUGCGGGCUCCGUUUCAAACGCAAGGACAGGAUGUCGUACCAUGUGCGAUCCCAUGACGGGUCAGUCGGUAAACCUUAUGUGUGCCAAAGCUGUGGUAAAGGUUUUUCAAGACCAGACCACCUGAAUGGACAUAUUAAACAGGUUCACACAACAGAGAGACCCCACAAGUGCCAGAUUUGUAACGCAUCUUUUGCUACAAGAGAUCGCCUCCGGUCACACCUUGCAUGCCAUGAGGACAAAAUUCCUUGCAAAGUUUGUGGCAAGUUUCUGCGAGCUGCCUACAUGACGGACCACCUCAAGAAACACAGUGAAGGGACGCAUAACUACUGUGGCAUUUGCAACAAAGGUUUCUCCACUGCGUCCUACCUUAAGGUGCAUAUAAAGACACACCAUGGCUCUCCACUGCCCCCCUCUGCCACAAUGCACACCUUCCCUGAGCCAAGGGGGGAGCUGCAGAUGCACAACGGCACCCCUUACCACAUGGGACGCCAGUGCUCAGUGGAAGACCUGUGCGCCAGUCACCAGCUGCUUCUCACCUCGUCUGAGGCAGAGGGUCGCUUUCAUGGGCUCUCUGGACACCCAGUUCUUCCCCAGCCUGGCCCUCCAGCCUUGGGCCUGCAGCCUGAGCUGCUCAUGGGGAAGGCAGGUGGGGCUCCAUAUUUCUGGGAUUGUCGCUCUGGCGGGGUGCCUGGCUUCCCUGUCCAUGGGCCUGCUGCAGAUGGGCAGGAAAACACUGGGAAAUGUCCUCAUCUGGAAUCAGAAGAAUCAGAUCCUUCGUAUGGGGAAUUGUCCAACGGUGACGAACUUAAAUCUCCACAUAAACCUGACGGGCCGGAGCUCGAGAUGCCCUCUUUGGCCUGUAACGGAGCCUCUGCGGGGGCCUUGGGCUCUCCAGAGGGAUCUAAAGCCAAGGCGGACCCUGAAAAGAAGUUUACCUGCGGUAUUUGCGGUCAGGCCUUCCGCACCAAGUCCUACCUCAACAAGCACCAGCACAGAGUUCACAAAGCCCAGAAGGCCCAGGGGGUUUCAGGGUCGGGCUUAAAUGAGCUGACCCCCUCCCUGACCUCUCCCUUCUCCCCUCAACAAAACAUGUCCCUGCUCGAGUCUUUUGGCUUUCAGAUAGUCCAGUCUGCUUUUGCCUCUUCGCUGGUUGAUGCUGAGGCAGGUCAAAGUGGAAUCGACUUUGGAGGGAAGUGACAUAUUUGCUAAAGUUCUAGCAAAGCCUCUCAUUCUUAUGACAAAGCGGGGUUGCCCACAGAAGAUGCUCUGUAUUUGGGAAUAACUUUGCCUCAAGGCUACUUUUUCUGUUGGUUACGUCACUUAAUGUGUAUCCGAUAUUUUUGUCACUGACGCCAUACGAUUCCUACUUUUUCUACUUUUUCAAAGUAUGAAAAGAGCAUGCACGUGUUUAAAUUUUCUUUACAAAGAAACGACAUGAAGGUCUUAUCUCCUUUACCUGAUGUGGAUCAGUUGAAGUUAUGUUUGGUAUUCUUUCGUUUGUUUUUGGCUUGCGUGUUAUUGAGCUUUUUUUCGAUACACAAACGUUUCUCGACAAGUAACUUACUGUUUGUUCGCCCACUUUAACUGCUCUGAUGUACCUUGGCCAUUACAAUAAUUUGAAUGCUUCAUAUUCCUCGUUCCCUUAAAGGCCGUAACAGUUGUCUUUACUUCAGAGCUGCAAGAGGGCUGAAUUCUGUAUUUAUGAUGUUUUCUGCUUCUUUUAAGAAAUAUUUAGUUUUUCUUAAGAACAGGGAUUUCAUUUGGCUCAAUUUUGAUAGCAGGUUUUCUUGUAAUAUAGUAAUUGUUCCGAGAAACUUUUCUAACAAGCGCACGGCAUAUUUCUUGACACAUUUAGCCUUUUGUAAGCAAUUUUCUUCGGCUUCAUACAGAAAGUAUCAGUUUGCUGGCCACUGAGUAGCACUGAUAGCUGUCAAGGACCUUAAUGAAUAACUAUUGACAGGAUUAUAGUAGAAGAAGCACUUAAAACAUGUAUUGAUACAACUUAUUAUUUUAACUGUUACUGCAUCCAUAUAAAGAUCAUCUGGCACCAUCAAAUCUGGCAUUUUUUUUUUUUUUUUUUUUUAGGUAAAACAAAAGAGAAUAAGCUACCUCACUGAAGAAAAGAACACCAUAGUGUUUCUCAUAGCAGAGUUAAAUAUUGCGCCAACUUAAUGAGAUUUAAACAAUAAAAAGUUGUAGCAAAUUCACAAGUGAAAACCAACCACUCUUCUAUGAGAAAUUAGCCUACAGAAUUUCACUGGGAAAAGCUUUAAUAGCACCACAGCUUUAUUUCUUUUAGUUUUAUUUUCAGAUCCAGGUCUUUAAUGCUUGGAGAGCCUACUGGUUUUUUAUUAUUAUUAUUUGAAUAUAGCCUUUUGAGGAGUGUUGCCAUUCAGCAUUAACCUGAGGUUGGGAAUCAGAGAGCAGAGCUGGUACACUGUGCUCUAAAUGAAGCAACUACGACUCUACUAGCAGCUCAUUUGGAUGUAAAAAGGCUUUCAAUCAAUUUUUGAUUUGAUGAUUUGUGAAUUAUUUAUACAAAAUAAGAAGAGGAAAGCCAUUAUUACAGGAUAAAAAAAAUGUUACCUGUAAAAUUUGUCUUGAAAACAUGCCUUGAGCUUGUUAGGAAUGAGCUCACAUCCCCCCCCCCCUCAUCCCCCUGUACAAUGACAAUGUUUCCAAGCCUUGUUUGUGAGGUAUUUAAUCAGUUGUGUGUAUUGAACAGGGACCAAGGUCAGGUAUAUUUUCAGCAUAUAUUUUGAGAAAUGUAGAUUAUAUUUUAUUAACUUAUUCAUGCCCUCGGUUUUGUGUACAGUUUUUAUGUCAAACAAAAAUCUUGUGAUUUGCUCGUUUUGAUGAUUUUUUUUUUUCACUCUAAAUUAUGUUAACUGUAGAUGUGCAGUUGCGUGUGUGUUGUACAACAGCUGGAGCACUGAUCAGCCUCUGGACCGACCAAACGUAAUACUACUUUUACAGAGUCAUGUAAUUAAGCUCACUUCAUUUCUUCAGUGUUUCGUCCUCUUCAUCACUUGCAGUUCUUGUAUUGCUCACCCAUCUUCUGUCAGUUUUGCUUGUGCCGUUAGUAGAUGAUAUGUCUUGUGUUUGCACUAAUGGUCGCUAGGUUACGGUGCAAGCUAAACAGUGUCUUGCAGUGAAAAUGUGUUUCAUCCAAAAUGUUGAACCAAGACAUUCCUUCGAUGAAGACAGACUUAAUUGAGUGGUUCCUCGAAUCAGUACGCAAUGGGAGCCUCCCAUUCACUUUUCUGCUUUGCUUUGUUUCAUUUGUGAAUUGUUAAUGAAAAUAUUUGUUAUUGAAAACAUUUCUGCACCGAUUAAUUGGUUGUGCCUCUUAAAUAAGCAGACAGAAUGUUACUAAUUAGCAGAAAUUGUGUGUGAAGGUCAAUUGCCUGUAAGUUAAGAUUAAUUUGGUUUUGGUUAAAACGAUCAAAAAUUCAAACAUAGACCCUUUUCACAAUCAUGACAUACCCCCUCUUAGUUUUUUAUGUACUGAAACACAAAAUAAGCAAUCACUGUUAGAAAAUUGGCAUCAAACCUCUGCUGGCAUUUGUGAGAAGAGAGCUCCACCAAAAUAAGAUUCAACAAUAAAUUGUAACUAUCUUGUAUCUUAGUGACUUCUCGCACAACUCUCACAUCAGUAGAUUAACAUCUUUUUCCAUAGGUUGGUGUUUUUUUGUUUUUUUUCCUGUGUUGUAAAACCUGUAUCUUGAUGCAAAUCAUACCGUGCGUGUGUGCGUGUGUGCGUGUGCGGUCUCUGUAAGUGUGCCGUCUUUUUCUGUGUUUUGAUCCGUUUCCUCCUUUGUUUGAUUAUGUGUGUAAAUUAGGCUGUUAAAUUCAGUACAUUCCUAUAUUAUUUAUGGUUAUGUUGUGAUUGUAACACAUGUAUAUACCAUUCAUAUACACAGUCUAUAAAUAUAUAUAUAAAUAUAUAUGAGCCAACCAAUAUGAUCAGUGAUUGUCAAUGGUGGUCCUGUACAUAUAUUUGCUUGUUUUUUUCCUCGUCCAUCAUAGUGGAGAGAUCUUAAGUUAUGGCCAUUUGAUUGAAAGUGUAAACUGCAUGUUCUGGCAUGCGAGCUGGGGACUGAAUGUCGAUCACUGGUCGGGGGCAGUAACAGUUUAACUGUUCACCGUAAUGUCACUCUGCUCUGGUAGCGCUCACACUGCCAGCUGCAAGACUCGCAUCUUUGACCAAGUUAUGUUUUAUUUUUUUCUCCUUUUUUUUUUUUUUUUGAUCCACUCUGCACUAGUAUUUACUCCUUAAAAGGUGACAAGGGUUGUUUUUGAAAUUGCUUAUUUGAAAACAAGUGGAAGAUGCUGUAAGGAAAUGAUGUUCCUUUGUUUGUGUUCUUCACUGGGAAGUAUUUUUUUUUUUUUUUCACUCGUGUUGGUACUCAAGUGUGCAAGGUGUUUUCGUUAAGUAUUUUAGGCCUAAAUGUUUUUGCUUUCUGCUUUUGGUCUGUUGCAAAGUGCCUUCAAAAAAUACUGAUUGUGCACAGCAGUGGAUUAAAAAAAAAAAAAAGUCCUCUUUUC